AUGGAUAAUUUGAUAACAUUGGUAAACAAGAUACAGAGGGCGUGUACGGCUCUAGGCGAUCAUGGCGAAGAGAGCGCAUUGCCUACUCUCUGGGACUCCUUACCUGCCAUUGCCGUCGUUGGUGGACAGAGCUCUGGGAAGUCUUCGGUGUUGGAAAGUGUUGUUGGAAAAGACUUUCUGCCUCGUGGGUCAGGGAUUGUUACUCGGAGACCUCUCGUCUUGCAGCUUCAUAAGAUUGAUGAAGGGAGAGAAUAUGCUGAGUUUAUGCACCUCCCAAGAAAGAGGUUCACUGAUUUUGCUGCUGUGAGGAAGGAGAUUUCUGAUGAGACUGAUCGAGAGACUGGUCGCUCAAAAGCGAUCUCUAGUGUUCCAAUCCAUUUAAGUAUAUUUUCCCCUAAUGUUGUGAACUUGACACUGGUUGAUCUUCCUGGAAUUACGAAAGUUGCUGUUGAGGGUCAACCUGAAAGCAUCGUGCAAGACAUUGAGAAUAUGGUUAGGGCCUUUAUUGAGAAGCCCAAUUGUAUUAUUCUAGCAAUUUCGCCUGCCAACCAAGACCUUGCUACAUCAGACGCAAUCAAGAUCUGUCGUGAAGUUGAUCCUAAGGGGGACAGGACAUUUGGAGUUUUGACAAAGAUUGAUCUUAUGGACCAGGGUACUGAUGCCGUUGAUAUCCUUGAAGGAAGAUCAUAUAAGCUACAGUAUCCUUGGAUUGGCGUAGUUAAUCGCUCUCAAGCUGAUAUCAACAAAAGUGUUGAUAUGAUUGCUGCUCGACGUAGAGAGCGGGAGUACUUUGCAAACAGCCCAGAAUACAGGCAUCUUAGUAACAGGAUGGGUUCUGAGUAUCUUGGAAAGGUGCUUUCUAAGCAUUUGGAAACUGUCAUAAAGUCUCGAAUUCCCGGCCUUCAGUCUCUUAUCAACAAAACUAUUGCCGAACUAGAAGGAGAAUUGACCCGUCUUGGGAAGCCUGUUGCUACUGAUGCUGGAGGAAAGUUAUACACAACAAUGGAAAUCUGCCGUUCUUUUGAUCAAAUAUUCAAGGAACAUCUUGAUGGCAUACGCCCUGGUGGUGAUAAAAUAUACGGUGUGUUUGACAAUCAACUUCCCUCUGCUCUGAAGAGGUUGCAGUUUGAUAAACAUCUUUCCAUGGAUAACAUAAGAAAGCUUAUUACUGAAGCUGAUGGAUAUCAACCUCAUCUAAUAGCUCCUGAACAAGGAUAUCGUCGCCUCAUUGAAUCUUGUUUAGUAACUAUUAGAGGUCCUGCUGAGGCAGCUGUUGAUGCGAUUCAUUCUAUACUGAAGGAGAUGGCCCUUAAAUCUAUCAGUGAGACUAUGGAACUAAAGCAGUACCCCACUCUGAGAGUGGAAGUUGGAAAUGCUGCUGUUGAGUCAUUAGAUAGGAUGAGAGAUGAAAGCAGGAAAGCAACUUUACAGCUAGUGGACAUGGAGUGUAGUUACCUGACUGUUGAUUUUUUCCGUAAACUUCCUCACGAUGUUGAGAAGGGUGGAAAUCCAACACAUUCAGUUUUUGAUAGAUAUAAUGACGCAUAUCUCCGGAGAAUAGCAAGCACUGUCCUGUCCUAUGUCAACAUGGUUUGUGCAAGUUUGAGAAACACUAUUCCAAAGUCAGUUGUGUAUUGUCAAGUUCGGGAGGCCAAAAGGAGCUUGCUGGAUCAUUUUUUCACUGAACUGGGAAAAAAGGAGAUGAAACAGUUAUCUUCUUUGUUGGAUGAGGAUCCAGCGGUCAUGCAACGUCGAACCAAUCUUGCAAAGAGACUGGAGUUGUACAGAAGUGCCCAGGCAGAGAUUGACGCAGUUGCUUGGGCUAAGUAGAAGGAACAUUAGAAUGGAAUCUUUUUGCUCCUUAGAUAUUGGAACUUAGUCAUAGUUUUGUUAUAAUUCUUUUAUUCAUGAC